AAGCACAGCACGACUAGUUCUGUCACAGCCAUGUGAGUUUAGUGUCGCGAUUCGCAUUUUCAUUUUGGAGGGCUUCAGGGAGCACCCGACCAACCCCUCGGAGCACAAAUACAAAUCCGUAUCUUUGCAUGUCAGUCCUCGUUAUCAACUAUUUUCAACCGUUUGCCACGCGUUGUCUGGAGUGCCCGGUGACUUUUUUGGCGUUUUUGAAUUACCGGUGACUGUAUAAAAGUGGUCUCGGGACUGUCACAUAGCCUAGGCUAUCAUAGGAGGCACAUUUGGUCUGUCAUGCAAUGGAGGCUCAGAGUUUUACCCUGUAUUUACUUACCAUCGUCUGCUUGUUCCACGUGUCUCUACAGGGACAGCACCAGCGCAGACUGUACAAGGACCUGAUGCGAAACUACAACCCUCUGGAGCGUCCCGUGUUCAAUGACUCCCACUCGCUCACCGUACACUUCAGCUUCAGCCUCAUGCAGAUCAUGGAUGUGGAUGAGAAGAACCAGGUCCUGACAACCAACAUCUGGUUACAGCUGUACUGGACUGACUACUACCUGCAGUGGAACACCACAGACUACCCUGGAGUUACCAAUGUCAGGUUCCCUGACACCCAGAUAUGGAGACCUGACAUUCUGCUCUACAACAGCGCUGACGAGAGGUUUGACGCCACCUUCCACACCAACGUCCUAGUCAACUCCACAGGCUACUGCCAGUAUCUGCCCCCAGGAAUCUUCAAGAGCACAUGCUACAUCGACGUGCGCUGGUUUCCCUUCGAUGUCCAGCGCUGUGACCUCAAGUUUGGCUCGUGGACGUACGGGGGCUGGUCUUUAGACCUGCAGAUGAUUGAGGCAGAUGUGACUGGAUACAUUGCUAAUGGAGAGUGGGACCUCGUGGAGGUCCCUGGACGGAGGAACGAACGUUUCUACGACUGCUGUAAGGAGCCUUACCCUGACGUGACCUUCACGGUGGUGAUGCGCCGACGCACCCUCUACUACGGCCUCAACCUGCUCAUCCCCUGUGUCCUCAUCUCCACCCUGGCCCUGCUCGUCUUCCUGCUGCCCGCAGACUCUGGAGAGAAGAUCUCACUGGGUAUCACUGUGCUGCUCUCUCUAACUGUCUUCAUGCUCUUGGUAGCUGAGAUCAUGCCGGCCACCUCCGACUCUGUUCCUCUCAUAGCCCAGUACUUUGCCACCACCAUGGUCAUCGUGGGCCUGUCCGUCAUCGCCACCGUCCUGGUCCUCCAGUACCACCAUCAUGACCCGGACGGAGCCAAAAUGCCAAAGUGGACACGCGUGGUGCUCCUGAACUGGUGCGCCUGGUUCCUGCGUAUGAAGCGGCCCGGUGAGGAGCGUGUGCGUCUGGCCUGCAACAACAAGCAUCCGCGCAACAGCCUCUCCAGUGUGGAGCUCAGUAUGAGCCAGGGGACCCUCCAGCCCACCAAUGGCAACAUGCUCUACAUCGGCUUCCGGGGCAUGGAGGGCAUGCACUACAACACCACCCCCGACUCGGGCGUCAUCUGCUCCAGGCUGGUGGGGGCGGGGGACGAGGAGGUGCUGCUACCUGGGGCCGGGUUGCCCAACUUGGGCAGCGUGGCAGGCGGCAUCGGGGUGGGGGUUGCGAGCCCCGUGGACUCAGACAUGUCCAAGAUCCUGGAGGAGGUGCGCUACAUCGCCAAGCGCUUCCGGGGCCAGGAUGAGGAUGAGUCGCUGUGCAACGAGUGGAAGUUUGCGGCGUCUGUGAUCGACCGGCUGUGCCUGAUGGCGUUCUCUGUGUUCACCAUCCUCUGCACCAUCGGCAUCCUCAUGUCAGCUCCCAACUUCGUGGAGGCCAUCUCCAAAGACUUCUUUACCUGAGCGGGUUGUGUUGUG